UCAUCAGCGCGCGCCGCACCCGGAAGAGACGUGGCAGUGGAGGGAUAAUCGGAGGGUUCUGAGCUGGAGGGAGCCGAGCGAGAACUCGGCUGAGUGCUGUCUGACCUUCCGCGCCUCGGACCGGCGCUCGCGCCCGUGGGGACGGGUGCCGCAGCCGAUUCAUAACACAGAGUGGGGGUCGACUAUGGGGCUUUGCAAGUGCCCCAAGAGGAAGGUGACCAACCUAUUCUGCUUCGAGCACCGGGUCAACGUCUGCGAGCACUGCCUGGUAGCCAAUCACGCCAAGUGCAUCGUCCAGUCCUACCUGCAGUGGCUCCAAGAUAGCGAUUACAACCCCAAUUGCCGUCUCUGCAACAUACCCCUGGCCGCCCGGGAGACAACCCGCCUGGUCUGUUAUGAUCUCUUCCACUGGGCCUGCCUCAAUGAACGUGCUGCCCAGCUACCCCGAAACACAGCACCUGCUGGCUACCAGUGCCCCAGCUGCAGUGGCCCCAUCUUCCCUCCAAGCAACCUGGCCGGCCCCGUGGCCUCCGCACUGAGAGAGAAGCUGGCCACAGUCAACUGGGCCCGGGCAGGACUGGGUCUUCCUCUGAUUGACGAGGUGGUGAGCCCAGAGCCCGAGCCCCUCAACACUUCCGACUUCUCUGACUGGUCCAGCUUUAAUGCCAGUGGUAGCCCCAAACAAGAGGAGAUAGCCAGCGCUUCUGCUGCCCCAGCCUUCUGCAGCCAAGUCCCCCGGCCCCCCGCUUCCCCGAGCCGACCCGAGCAGCACAUGGUGAUCCACAUGGGCAAUCCUGAGCCUUUGACUCACGCCUCAGCCCCAAGGAAGGUGUAUGACACGCGGGAUGAUGACCGGGCACCAGGCCUCCAUGGGGAUUGUGAUGAUGACAAGUACCGUCGCCGGCCUGCCCUGGGCUGGCUGGCCCAGCUGCUCAGGAGCCGGGCUGGGUCUCGUAAGCGGCCGCUGACCCUGCUCCAGCGGGCAGGGCUGCUGCUGCUCCUGGGGCUGCUGGGCUUCCUGGCCCUCCUUGCGCUCAUGUCUCGCCUGGGCCGGGCUGCGGCUGACAGCGAUCCCAACCUGGACCCACUCAUGAACCCUCACAUCCGUGUGGGUCCCUCCUGAGCCCUUGCUUAUGGCUGGGCCAGCCUAGGAGCUGGGGGCCUGAGGUGGGUAGCGGGGGAGGUCCAGGGGCCCUUCUCUGCUCCUCUUCCUCAAGCCUGAGACACUAAGAUCCCAGGCCCAAAGCCAAGUCCACCAGAGUGGCUGCAGGCUAGGCCUGGGGCUCCUGCAGAUCAAACAUUUGUCUUGACCUGCUCCUCCUGGGUCUCCAGCUUUCCCCCUCCCUCCCGCAAAGGAGCUGACAGGUGGAAAUAAAUGACAGACUUUAUUAAAACACC